AUGAGGAGACUGCGCAAGCCAAAGCGCUUCCGACAACUCUUGUCAGAGGCGAGGACGUCCGGCACGGAAAGCACCACAAGCAUUGACUUGAACAGCGGCAGACCCAAGAAGACGUUGAAUAGAAACGCAUUGAGUACGGCGGUUCUUGAAGCAGAACUGCGGUGGAUCGCGAAAAAUACACCGCACCCACGAGCUGUGCGCAACAUCCUACAAAUCUUGAUACAAGAGCGGAGAAUCAAGCCCACACCUGAACACUAUGAGGCACUGAUCCUAGGGCAAUGUUUCCCCGAGUACGGCUCCAUCGAGAACGUCAACUUGAUUCUGCAAGAAAUGGAACGCGAAUCUGUCCCCCUGGAAGUGCCCAUUCUUCUCGCAGUAUUGACGGUCCUCGCUGUACACCCCGAUACACAUCUCCGAGCAUCGAUUGUCUCGCGCCUUGCAAACCAGCAAAUUCCCAACUCUGACGCCCAUGCCUACCUGAAUAUCCUCUCUUUAAUACGCGAGGGACAGUUAGAACUCGCGACCGUCGAACUCGAAAAGCUUACUCAGCGACCUUCGAUCAUCGGAGGAGGCAGGGACAGUACUUCCGUCCCGAAAUGGCUUUGGACCAUCUAUAUCCACGCAAUCUGCGAUCUGCGGCAUGACUUUGACGCCCUCCUGCAGCUUCUGUACAGGCUCUCUGACUCGGGAUUUCUCUUCCCACGGCCUACUUUGCUGCACUUGCUCCACCAGGCGAGUGAACAUGGCGAUUUACAAGUCACGAGAUUUAUCUGGUAUGGAUAUGUGACGGGAAUGCACAUUAUUCCUAACGAAGACAUGUGCAUGGCCGUUCUGCGACUUGCCGCAAAGGAGAAAGACAUAAAGUUAGCCGAGUCGGUGGCCGUCGUACUGGAGAGUGUAGCGGGAAACAAGUCUACGGAUCCGCCAGACCUGGUGGAUCAAAGACCUCUGCCACGGCACGAGGUGAUCAAGCUGACAUUCGAUUCGCCUGAGCUUCUGGGGCAUGAGUCCGAGCCUGAAUACCAGUACCAGAGGUCAAAUUCUGUUCGUAAAGACAGUGGAUGCAGUGAUACCCAAGCUGUUGGGCCAAGCGUCGCGGAAUCCACACAACACUCUUCCUCUCAAUCUCAAGCUGACCUUGCAGUCGCUUUCUCAGCGCCACCUGCCCUGCCUAAUCCGUCCGAUCUACCUCCAAGGCCACGUCCUCUUCCUGCCGAAGCUCUGUCGCUACUUGCUGAGCUGGGAAUCACGGGCUUUGAACCCACGACAGACUUGGUCACUGGCAGCAAACGUCUCAGCUUGCACAGUGGCAAACUCACAUUACACGGCGGGAGAAACGGACGGAGGAGAAGAAGAUCAUUGAGAGGCAACAUGUACCCGUUGUUUAGGGAAGAAGCCGGGCUUUCUGGUGCUCGGUUUGACCCACGGCUUGCACUGAUGCAGGGAUGGGAUUGGAGAAAGAAAUGA